GGGUCCAGUUGGAUUCCUUAAAGUAGACAUAUCCAUUAUAUUCAGAGGGGAUAUGUUACAGGUGGUACCUGCAAUGGUAAACGAAGAAACAGUCGAAGACAACCUCGUCCUGCCUUCAGGAUCGGAACAACAGCUUGCUAAUUACAUCAUAACAGUAUACGGUGCGUUUGGUCUACCCACUGGAUCUCACUGUCACGGCGAUAGGAGAUACGGGAAACUACCGAACACGUUUGUCCGGGUUUCCUUCUGUGGACUGUUGGUGAAAACAGCAGUACAGCACCGAAAUAACAACCCAAUGUACAGCGAGCAGGUAUCAAUUGUGGAGAUGUUUCCUAACAUGAAUCAGAUGAUCCGAUUGGAAGUUUGUACUGCUGAAGGUUGCUUCAACAGAGUAUUGGGGAGCACUCACUUGAAGUUGGGACUGAUCUCCCACGACGGGGAGAACGGUUUCUUACCAACCUUCGGGCCGUCGUUGCUGCACAUGUAUGGCAGUUCCUGUGCAGGUGCCUUAGGGUCUACUUGUGAGGAGGGGCCAUACCACAAAGGAGCACUACUGGUCUCUCUGAAAACUGUAGUGCCGUUCUAUCAACAAAGUGUUAGAACUACCAAUGUUGAACCCGUCACUCCUAUCAAACCGGAAAAUUUAUGGUCGCUCGAAGACUUUUGUAUAUUUUGUCCUAUUCUGGAAGUUUCGAUGUUGGAUCGUAAGAUAGCUGGGAGAUUUUGUGGAGUUGCCUUGACAAUUGGCGACAUGUGUAACGACAAUAAAGCUGAUGAAGAGUUCGCAGCUAUGAUGAAUGAAAUCAAAUCACGAAAACUUCACUACACUGGUUCAUUAGAAGUAAUGAAGACUCGACCAGCAUAUGGUUAUUUGGACUUCCCAAAUGCAUUUCCUAUAUUACAACUUGCUACCAGACUACCAGAUUUCAGGUUUAGGAUGUACAGAAAUAAUAUGCUGUAUAGGAUCGUUGUUGCUCUGGAGUCAACGUUAGUAGACAUUGAACGUCGUCUAAAGAACUUGGAGUAUGCCACUCCAAAUGAACUGAUAGAUGAGCUGAACAGAGCCGUUGAUGACGCAGCUGCUAACAUCCUCAAGUUUCUGGACAUUAUCCAAUACUCGAAUGUAAAUAGUAGUAGUGAAAAUAUGCUACGUCAGUACAGCACGGAGCUGGAUCAGAGGCAGUUAACGCUUCAAAAGGAAGAAAUUGAAAAAAUUUACCAACAAAUAAUCACAAGAGAUAAAGGAUGUUCGACUUUAAAACUUAAAAAGUCCACGAGUAAACGUACCCACGAAAGUAUAACUGCUUCUAGAAAAAGUGUUAAAAUACAUUUGGCCAAUACAAAAAUACUCACAAGUAGUUUAAAGGAUCUUAUUUACAAGGCAUAUGAAGGAUGGCCAGAUAUUGUUAUCUGGCUCCUGAAUGGAGGGUCAAGGACGGCAUACGCAAGAAUUUCUGCAGCUGAUAUCAUUUAUUCCGUAAUACCCGAACAGAAUGGAAGGAAUUGUGGACGAAUACAAACAGUGUAUUUGAAGCCUUUAAAAUGUCCGAAACAUUUAACCACUUCAGCAUCCGGUUGCUGCUGUAUCGCUGGCAAGAUCGAACUUUUGCUUUGGAUGGGUCUUUAUAGUCAAAUCUCUGCUUUUGGGAGCUACUUUCCGAGUGGUUACAAAAUUAAAACAAGAAACUAUGCAAUGUGCCUCAAGUCCAAUGCUCUAAUGCUGGAAUGUCGAGUAUUUGUUUACCGUGCUAAGCUUAUUAGUUCCAUCGAUGGUUCAAAUUUCGCGUAUGCUUUUGUUCGAGUUAAUACAAUGAAUACAGUAAAGGAAACAAAAGUAAAACAGAAGACUGCAACACCAGUAUGGAACCAGGUAUUGAAAAUCCAAAGAAUGAUGUUCACUACACAAGAGAGAUUGAUGACGAACCCGCCCUUGGUACUGGUUGAAGUGUUUGAAUGUGAUUUAACGGGAAGAACGGAUUUAGUUGGUCGCUUCUCCGUAUCCCCAACGGUGGACGAUAGACAAAGCUACGAGUACGCCCCCAAAUUGCAAUGGCACGAACUACAAAAAGGGGCGGACACUACGGGUCAGGUGCUCAUGUCCGCUCAGCUACUGCAGAUUCCAGAAAAACUAAUGAAAACUACAGUUUACAGUCCUGUCGAAGAGUCUUUUUGCGAACCUGAUAUGAAGGAUCUUAGCCUUAAUGAUAAAGAAGUGGAACACUUACCGCCAAAUCUGAUACCACUGUCGACUACUUACAAGAUCGAUGUGUACUGGUGGGGUCUGCGAGAGGUCAAUAUCGCUAGAAAACCAUGUGUAGUUCUAGAAAUAGAUGAGCUCACUGUUAAAUCUGACAUCAUUGUUGAUAAAAAAGCCAACUGCAACUUCCCUAACGGAAAAAUUUCUCAGAUUUUCGAGGCACCACUCAACGAAUCUUAUUGUCCACCUCUGACCAUAAAAAUGUAUGACAGCAGUACCUUUGGCAGAACAUUGUUCCUAGGUACUAAUAUUGUUAAGAAUCCUAAUAAAUAUAUAAUCAACUGGUUACCGAAUAAUGAAAGAGAAGCUUCCAUCAGGUCAGCAUCAAUAAUGUCAACAAAUUUCUUUCAAGGUAAUCCUACUGAUAUAAAUAUAAAAUAUUGUAAAUUAAACAGUUAUAAUAUUCCAGCUACGAAUACGUUGCACAAUAUGAAAAGUAAUCCACCAAACAGUGAAGAUACCUGGAGUACUUCAACUGCAAGGAAUUUUAAGACGAAAGCCAAAAUGUCAAUAUGGCGUAAGUUUUUUACCAGAAAAGAACCAAAUGAAGAGGAAUAUAUAUUACUCCCGAUGUUUAAAAAAGAAACAGAUCAAAUAAGAGUAGUCAAGAAGCUACCCGAAUAUUCUGAGCAGGAGAAUUGGUGGAUGAGAUUCUUUAACUCACACGAUAAACAGUGCGUUGACGAUGAUCCAACUAGCGAUAAAAUUAACAUAUACACUUCCGAGCUGGAAUUGCAACCGGAAUUUUCCAAAUUCAAAGACUGGUGUGCAACGCUGAAAUUCUACAAUGGUACAAAGACAGGAAUACCCGAGAAAGAUGUGCAGUUAUACUGCGGGAUGCUGAAGGCCGGCAUUGUUAUAUACAGAUGGCCACCUCCUGGAGACACUGUCGUUGUUAGUUCCAACGGAGCAGAUCUAAAACAUGGAUAUUUUGAUGAUUACCCUAGCAACUAUCCAACCAAAUACUUGGUGAGAGUUUACAUAAUUAAAAGCUCAAACUUGAUGGCGAAAGAUUUCUCUGGCAAGUGUGAUCCGUAUGUAAUAAUACGCUGUGGAAAGAAACGGUUGGGAGAUCGUUCUUGUUAUGUGUCUAAUACCAUUCAUCCUAUAUUUGGAAAGAUGUAUGAAUUCCGAUGCACUAUACCCGAGGACUACGUUUUGAAUGUUUCUCUGUUUAACUUUGAGUCAGUGCCACCAGAUGAAUUAAUCGGCUCCACGUCUAUUGAUUUGGAAGAUAGAAUUUAUACCAAACAUCGAGCUCGAGUUGGACUCUCCAAUGAAUAUAAUUUGACAGGUCCAACAAAAUGGCGCGACUCAACAAAACCGUCAGCAAUUCUUGAAGAGAUAUGUACAAAAAAUCAUCUUGCAACGCCUGUAUAUCUUGAUAAUGGUACAGUUAUUGUCAACGGAGUUGAAUACAAAGAAAGUGAGAGAGAUAAAAAUUACAUUUCUUCAUCGGAAAGGAAAGAGAAUAUCUGCUUGAGUUUAUUACGUAAAUGGCAUACGUUACCCCUGUGUGGCUAUAAUUUGGUACCAGAACAUGUCGAGACCAGAACACUUUAUAAUCCUGAUAAACCAGGUGUAGACCAGGGUAAAAUUCAAAUGUGGGUAGAUAUAUUUCCACUUGACAACAAUCUAGCUAUUCCUCCACCUGUCGACAUAUCGCUGCCGAAGGUCGAAGAUUAUGAGCUGAGGCUUAUCAUUUGGGAUGUAUGUAGAUUGAAACUGGGUGAUGUUUCAAGAAAUAAUUGUGACAUAUUUGUGAGAGGGUGGAUUGGCUCCGUGAAUCAAUCUCAAUUGACAGACGUCCAUUGCUGCAGAGAUGGGGUAGUUACAUUUAAUUGGCGUAUGAUAUUUCACUUCUGUUAUCAACAUGCCGAAAGAAUGUUAGUGUUCAAAGAAUGCGGACCGUUCACGGAGCAUGAAGAACGGCUACCACCAAUUCUAGUGAUCCAAGUGGUAGACAAUGAUGCAGUCAAUCCAGACGACUAUUUGGGAUCGGUAAUUCUUAACUUGAAUGCUCUGCCAAAGGGAGAAAAACAAGCCCGUCAAUGUACUUUAGACAAUUUGGAACAGUCUAGAAAAGUUAAUUUGUUCUCGUCUAGAUCAAUCAGAGCUUGGUGGCCUUUACAAUUUGUUGACAAAGAUACUGGAAUUAAUCUUCAAACUGGAGCUAUAGAUCUUGAAUUGAUAUUGCUACCGAAAGAGAAGGCUGUUUUGAUGCCAGUUGGACUAGGGCGUGGACCUCCAUCAUCUUUACCUGAACCAAUUACACUUCAGGAGAGGCCUACAUCCAGUAGUAGACUGUGGUUGGCUGAUAAUGAUGAUGAUGAAAAGUAA